GACGAGCAGCAGACACUGCGCGGACGUCGAGCCCCUCCUUGCGCCUUGUUGCCGCGUCCGCCGAGCGACCUGCCUACGUCCUUCCUCGACCUCGACGUGGACGAAGAGGCCUGCGCAUCCACGUUGACGCCACCGCCGACGCCGGGCAGGCUCGACGAGCUCGUCCCUUCGAAGGACAACGUGCUGGUGUUCACGCUCGAUGUGGGCGAGGAGGCGGACGCACGCAUGGUCCGGCUCGACGGCGACGACGACGUUGACGUAGACCGCGAUGGCUUCGGGCUCGAGGAUGGACUCGAAAUCCUCGAGCGUGCGCGUCCACGCUGCAUGCCGUUUCGACCAGCACCGCCGAAGACACAUCCCCCCCUCGUUCUUCAGGAGUGUGGCACCCCGUUCGAUCAACACUCGCUCACCAGCAGCGCCGCGCAGGCGAGCAGCGGGCUCGCAAUGCCCGAGGAGGCAUGCCGGCCACGCCGCACGCCGUUUCGACCAGCACCGCUGAAGACGCGUCGCCCCUCGUUCUGCAGGAGCGCGGCACCCCGUUCUAUCGACAUCUGCUCACCAGCACGUCACCAUUCUGAGCUGGUUCAAUAUCGAAAGCGCCAGCACCAAUGCCACCGACACCGUCCUCUCAGCGCAUGCGCUCUCCUCCGGUAUCGGCUUCGUGCUCGCCUACACUGUGAUCUACAAAGGCGCCUCCUUUGCCAUACUCGCCGCCACCAUCCUCAUCUCCCAUUCCUCCACAAAGUUAGACGUCGCCGAUCUCCUCUCUGCGAUGUACCUCCCCAUCCCCUCUCCCACCAUCCUCUCCGU